AUGGCGGCGCCCUACGAGCCUGUGGAGACGACGGAGUCGACGUGCGCGCCGAAGGCAGCGCGGGGUAGGCACCUGUUCAACGUCGCUGGGUACAGCCUGCUCAAGGGCCUCGGCGCCGGCAACUUCAUCCGGUCGGCGACCUUCUCCGUCGGUGGCCACGACUGGUGCGUCCGGUUCUACCCCGACGGGGACGGGCGGAAGGACAACGUCACGGAGGGCUGGAUCUCCGUCCACGUCGAGCGCCGGAGCAAGAGCACCGAGGUGAGAGCGUUCUAUGGCUUGAGGCUGACCAAAAAAGGCAAGAAUUUGUCUUGGAACAAGAACAAUACGCCCAGGAUGUUCAAUUACGCAAGUCCGUCCUGCGGGUAUAGAAAGUUUAUCAAGAGAUCUGAGCUGGAAGAGUCGUCCUUCCUGCGGAACGACCGCCUCAAGAUAGUCUGUGACAUCAUGGUAGUCUUGGGAACGCCGGUGUCCAAAUCCGAGCCAGUGCUGUGUGACAUCAAGGUGCCUCCGUCAGACUUGUCGCGUAAUCUUGGAAAAUUGCUGCAGUCGGAGGAGGGAGCAGAUGUGACAUUCAAGGUUGAAGGCGUGGAGUUCCAUGCCCACAGGAUUGUGCUGGCAAUGCGGUCGCCGGUCUUCAAGGCGGAGCUUUGCGGACCAAUGAGGGAGACGAUGGACAUUACGGUUGAAGAUAUGCAGCCUGCUGUUUUUGAUGCGUUGCUUCACUUCAUCUAUAAGGAUGCGCUGCCCUCCAUGGAUGAUCUUGACGGAGAGGAGAAUGGUGAAAUGGUUAAGCAUUUGCUUGUGGCUGCGGACAGGUACGCUAUGGAAAGGAUGAAGAUGUUGUGUGAGAGAAUGCUUUGCAAAAAACUCGAUGUUGAGAAUGUGGCCAUGACUUUAGCACUGGCUGACAAGCACCAUUGCAGCAAGCUCAAAGAUGCUUGCAUUCAGUUUAUCUCUUCAAACAGAAUGCAAGAUGUGGUGGCAAGCCCAGGGUAUGAGCACCUCAAAACAGCAUGCCCUGCUGUCUUUGCAGAUUUGUGGGAGAAAUCAGCUAGUCUUGCUAGAGUCUGA